AUGGGCCUCGGCGUCCGCGUGCUCGCCGCUUGCCUGCUCGUGUCGACGCGCCUCGUGGCCGGCGCAAGUUGCGACGCUCUGCAGGCUUCGUACGACGACGCCGUCGACAACUGCUCAGUCGCGACGACCGCCGACAACGUCACAUACAUGAUGCCAAGGCGGUGGUGCGGGUUUCCGAGCUGCGUCCAUGCGACGCAGGUCGCCGCCGCCUUGGCGUCGCACCAGUGCAACGUGCCAAAAGACGCCUACCCAGCGCGCCACUGCGACCUAUCGUGCAUCGCGACGCUGACGGCGGUCAACCGCAACGCCUUGUCGUGUGGCGUGGCCAGUACGCUUGGCGCCGGCGACCUGCAUCACUGCGAAGCGUGCAAGUACCUCUUCCAGAACCUCUCGGUCUUUCGCACCUCGUGCGGCGUCGCGCCGGGGACACAGGAAGCGAGCUCGUACCAAGCCAAGUUCCUCGACCCGCUCUCGUACUGCCAAGCCACGUUUCGCUACAAGCCCGACUUUCCCUUCAACGUCUCGUCGGCCUCGGCCUCGGCACCGUCGUCGACGUCGUGCGCGGUCGGGAUCGUCUGCGCGUGCCUUGGCAGCCUCGGUGCACUCGUAGCGCUCGCGUGCUUUUGCAAGCGGCGGCGACGGCGCAAGCCGCUCCGCGCCAGCCUCGUGCGCAUUCCAACAACGCGGGCGUCGACAGUGGACCUCGAUCUCGACUUGGCGCCCUAUGUCCUCCGCACCAACGACCGCGCGUCCAUGGCGGCGUCCAGCAUCAGUAUGUCGGCCACCGACGUCCGUUUCGACCCGCGCAUCAUUCGCUUCCGCAUCCCGCUUUCCGAAUUUACCGACAAGACGCUGCUCGUCCACGGCGGCCAAGGGCAGAUUUUCCGCGCGCGGUGGCAGCACCAUGCCGUCGUUAUCAAGCAAAUCGCCAACGGUAAAGACUACGACGCGAUCCAGGAGUUUAUGCAAGAGAUUCGCAUCUCCGCGGCGCUGCGGCACCCGCACAUUGUCACCUUCCUUGGCGUCGCAUGGACGACGCUGCAUGACAUUGCAAUCGUGUCCGAGUACAUGGCGGCGGGUGACGUGCUCUCGAUCCUACGGGACCAGCGAACACGCCCUCGGUCCGAGCAGUGGCUGCAGUGGGCCCGCCCGCCGGCCGCACUCACGUCCAAGCUCGAUAUCGCACACCAAGUGAGCAUGGCACUCGAGUACAUGCACAGCUUGGCGCUGGUCCAUCGCGACAUCAAGGCAAAAAACGUGGUCUUGAACGCGCAAUUUGUCGCCAAGCUCUGCGACUUUGGCAUCUCGCGCCCGACGUGCCCCAGCGCGACGAUGACCGUCAACAAGGGCACGGUCGCGUACAUGGCGCCGGAGGUCUUCACGGGCGAGCGCUACUCGGAGAAGGCCGAUAUCUACAGCUUUGGCGCGCUCGUGGCCGAGCUCGACCUCAUGGACACACCGUAUGCUGGCACGGACGAAGGGCAGGACGCGAUGGUCGGUGACGCCCAGAUUGCUCUUCAGGUGGUCGAAGGCGGUCUUCGCCCGCAGUUUUCAGACGCGAUUCCUGCCGAUGUCAAGGCGAUUGCCGACGACUGUUUAGCGUACGACGCCGAGCGCCGGCCGAGUGCGAGCGAGCUUCAAAACCGACUGCGCAAGCUUGUCCAUGCAUCCCGCCGACUUGUAAAUAGCACCAGCGAGUCAGCGAGUAGUAAUAGUGACGUAUAAACACACAUGGUAUAGUAUAACCUUAUUCUCGACG